AUGGCACAACAUCAACCACAACACCCUGUCGGCAGACAAAGCAACGUGUCGACAGCCGACUCCGCAGUGGCACUACCCACACAAAAAGACCAAAGUCCUGCGCGAGAACAACACGCAAGCGAGAAGAAGCCCCUGUACCACGACCUCCGGGACCUCAUCAGCCGGAGGCGCCGCCACUGGCUGCUCACCCGCGACAUCGAGCUGGCCCGCCCGCUCCAGCAGCAGUUCCUCGCCUUCGAGGCCGGGGUGAUGGGGGAAAUGCACGAGAUGGAGCACGAGCGCGAGGUCAAGCACCAGCUACGAGCAUCAGAGAUGCAAGGGGCCACCGGCCUCUCCAAACUGUCCUGGCAGUUGUACAAGCUCAAGAUGAAGAUCUGCGGGAAGUGGAUGCGGCACCGGCUGCAUGGGAGCUGGAAGCACAGCCGGCUGAACGCGAAGAGGAAGGAGCUGAGCGAGGAGUACGUGCGGGCGCAGAUUAGCAAGAGGCUGGAGGUUGUCAGGGAAGUUAUCUGGUAUGCGAAUGAGGAGGCUGUGGAGGAUGGUGAUGAUGGCGCUUAUGUAAGGGAUGGGAUACUGAACUAUAUCGUGACGGGGUACGACAGCAUGUUUCCUAUUUCUCGGGAUUUAGUGGUCGAUAUGACUCAGACGUGA